UGCAGUGCAGAUUAUUUGCAAUCAGUUCAGAUCUGGUACACCUCAGCGUGAUGGUUCCUUUCUUUGACUCUACGUUUCCAAUCAGCGUCUCCCAAACACUGGUUACAAGGGUUCACUCUAAGCGCUGCUACACGUGAUUCCUCCCACACGGGAGGGUCAGUAUAUCUUUGCCCCCUAUCACGCCGCCCCCCCUCUCGCUCACACACACACAAUCCCACACCCUGCUCCAAUGGAACAACUUGCCGGCGGCGCCACCCGUUUUCGCCACCAGCACUACCGGCGGAGUCCUCCUGCCGCAGAUAGAUUCUUGAGCACGUUAAAGACGCUACCGUCGUCCUCCGCCGCUUCGCAACUUGAACUCUCCGAGCACGAUAUUUUCAGCACUCCUUCUGGGGGUUCCUCCCCUUCUCCGACCCACCAGUACUUCGCUCCGAAUCCGGGCUCCGGUCGAAGCGCCAGCAGCAAUCAUUACGGCAUCUUAGCUGCUCUGAACGGCAGUAUCAAGUCACAAUCCGGAUCCAGGUCUGAUACCCGGCCCGUAUUCAACCAUAAGGCCUCCGCUUCGGCUUCCAUCUCCUCCUCCUCCUCAACUUCUCCCGCGACGUCAACCUCGUCUAGGAUAAUGAUUCCAAGGCCGCCGCCGCCCCAGGCGGAUAGGGUGCGGUAUCGCCAUCAGUCGGCGCCGGUGAACGUUCCGGUGAUUCCGGCGGGAUUGCGGAGGAGGGUUAUGGAGCUGGACGAUGCCCUUUCUGAAGGAGAGGAGGAGGACAAGAAUGGGGUGGUGUUGCCGCCGCACGAGGUGGUGGAUGCCAGGCAUUCGCCGAUGUUGGCGUGUUCCGUUCUGGAGGGGGCUGGUAGGACAUUGAAAGGGAGGGAUCUCAGGCAGGUGCGCAAUGCCGUUUGGCGAAAGACUGGUUUUAUUGAUUGAUUGCUUCAUCUGUUUCUUAGCAAUAUGGUGGGGAGCCUUUUAGCCUUUCUUGAGACUAGAUUAUUCGAUUGUAUUGUAUAUAUGUAGGCUAGAUUGUACAUAAUUCUGAACUGAUAGCAGUUCCUGAUUACUUUCUUAUCAAUUCAGGUUUAUAUUUCGUCUGAUUUUAAGGUGUUUGUGGUCUCUUUCUGUGAUGUUGAUGUAAAUUGUUCUUAUGCUAGAACUGGGAAAAAUGAUAACUCAUCUACUGAAGGGUGAGAUGUUCUGAA